GCAAUUUAAUAAAAAAAAGAGAAAAAAUAUUUUGCAGGAAAUUUGCAAUAAAAUAAAUCCUCAUUCCACUUAUAAAAUUAUCCAGCAAUAAAGCUGAGUGUUGAAAAUUCAAUUUAAUUUAGUUAAUGGUUUCUGAACCAAUAAAAGAACCAAAUUGAAGCUAGUUCGUUCAUUGAGACGAGAAUAUAAAGACACAAAAAAAAAGUAAUAAAAAUGCUGCUGAGAAUUGUGACAAAUUUCCAAUUUCUACUUCUCGUGCUUCUUUCGAUUGCAUUGUCAAGCUAUGCACAAGAUAAUGCACAACUAACGAUUGCACGAGCAUUAAGGAGAUGCUAUCAAGACCGUAACAUAUUUGAGCGCGAUAAUCGCUUACCAAUGACACCCCAAAUGCUCAUUGAAUUAAUAAGAAAAGUUGAAGACCAUCCUUCGUUUACAUUGGAUAUGCGACAAUUGGCAACGAGUUUGCUAUUCGCCUUUAAACAAGAUGGAAUUCGACCGACUACAACGGCUGUCGUAUCUGACGACAUUCUUCCAUUUUCUGUGAGCGGAUUCAAUCACUAUAAAAAUCGAGUUCUCUUAACACGUUUGAUUACGGGAAAUGCAAACCAAUUUCCAAACGGAACGCUUACUGAUGUCGAACAUUGCGCACUUCAUUUCAUGUUAUCAACAUCAAUUGAGACACAUGUUCGCGGUGAUGAAGGUUCAAGAUGUAAUCAAUUAGCACAAUUACGUUCAUCUCGUGUCCCGAGAGAGGCUGGUGAAGAUACAGAGCUCCUUAAAACACCAGAAAUGGAUAAAAUUAAAAAACGAAUGCAUGCAAAAUUCGGAAAGUAUCAAGUUGAAGAUGAGGAACAACAGGAAGAUGCACCAGCAGAUGAGGAAGCACCACAAAAUGAUGAAGGAGAGGCACUUGAAGGUGAUGAAGAAACUGUUGAUGUUGGAGUGCAACAGGGUCAAGUAGAUGGUACACAAUCACCAAGUCAAUGUCCCGUUGAAAAUGGAGUUAUAUUCUCGACAUGGGGUUCAAUAUCAGCUGGCGCAGUCAUGGCUGGAAUUGCAACUGGUCUCGUACCACAAACUAUUACUGUUCGCGAACUUAUUACCAACGACCAUAUUAUGGAACAUUAUAAAUUAGCACGUCAAACAGCUGGACAAAUGACUGUUGAUAAUCGUUAUGCUGCAACAUUAAGCGGUGAUGUUGCAGAAGCAGUUUUACGUCAAGUGCCACGUGAGAUUCAAGUCGGUGCUUCAGGUGCAUGGAACGUAACAGCUGUGCCACACUGGUAUUUCCUUUCACAACGAGAUCGUUUUGAACAAACCGAUGCUGAGAUUCGUGGUGGAAUCGAUGGACUUUUAAUGGGUUUGAGAAUUCAAGAAUGGCGCAAUCGUUUCACUAACCUAAGAUUGAGUCAAGUACUUGAUAUGUAUUACUCACAACGUGGAUUAUUUGGUACAACUCAAACUCCCGAGACAUCAAUUCGUGCAUGUAAUCGCAAUGAAAUGUUCUCAACCAUUCCAAUGACAACAUUAACUCAACAAUCAAUCGCAUUUACAACUGUUUUGGAUGGUGAAAUGACAUCAGAUGUAACAUUAUCUGUAAAUUCAACAAACAGAAUUGCAACGGCAGCAACAAAUUCACUCCAGCAGUAUAUCGCAAAUUCACUGAGAGAUUUGACAUGCGCUACUACAACCGAAAAUGUUGGUAGUGAGACAAUUUGGCGAACGGCCAGUGAUAUUUUUAUUUUUGUUGAUACAACAUGGGCUUUUGUUGAAAUUCGUGCAGCAAUAGGACAUUUACUGAACAACUUAGAUGUUGGACGCUUUGGAACCAGCUACACAAUAUUGAAUGCUAAUGAUGGAACUGUUAUCGUACCAACAACAAAUCAACUAUCUGAUUUGUAUACACAAUGGACAUUAGCAACACACAAUAUGCAACCUCAAGGUCUAAAUCUAGCUAAUGUAGUCCGUGAAGCACGCAGCACAGUCGAAAGCUUUAUGAAUGGUGAACGCGAGCAUCAAAGUCCCGGAGGACGUUCUCUUAUUUCACUCGUCAUUGCCAACCAAGGUAAUGUAAAUGAAGCCGACUCAAACUUUGCCAGUGAACAAUUACGUAUUAUGCAAGAAAUAUUGCCCGAUUUACGAUGGAUUUUCUGGACGGGUGGAUCACCAAAUCGAUUUGAACGUUUCGUUCGCGAGCCAGCAAGAGAUUUAUAUCAGUUACGUAUAUUUUUACAAGGCGUCGGAGGCGAAUCAAUACAAGUGAAUGCUCACCCUGUCAUUCAUCGCAUUCAACAGGAGCCGAGAAGGAUCAUUAAUCACAGAUGUGGAUCAAAUUGGCAGUGGGAUAACUGGGGUGAUGUACAAAUGACACAAUAUAUUGAACCUCGCGGCAUCGUUUUCUAUCGACUUCAUGCAAAUUACUUCUUUGGUGGUGCAGAUCGUCAAACAGUGAGAAUUAUUGGCGCUGGAUAUUCAACUCUUACUGUGUGUCAAUCAAGAUCUAUUGAAAGACCAAGAGAAAAUUCAACAAAUCAGAAUCAAAAUGGUGAGAUAGUAUGUUCUCGGAUUAAUAAUGAUGUCGUCGAAAUUGAUCUACGUUGGGCAUGUGAUUCAAGCGGAUUAAUUCAAUGGUGUCCACCACUCUUCAUAUCCAUUGAAGGACCAGCACAACAUGAUGGAUUGCAAGCAAAUUUGAGAUGUAUUGAUCGUGAAUGUCGAUUCCCAGACAAUGCAAGAUUCCAGAUUAACAGUGAGAACUUGGGCUGCUGGAGUGGAGUUGGACAAGUUGCAGUAUCAUUAGGAUUAAUUUUAUUAUCAAUUAUUAUGACAAUAAGAGUUUAAGAAUUUAUUUUAACAUUUUAUUUCCGUGUAUCUAGUGCAUUUAGCAGCAUAAAUUAAAUUAAAUUUUGUGACAAUAUUUUUGAAAAUCUUUCAAUCUUGUUAAGUUGAAUGUGAUUUUUAAAUGCCAAAUUAAGCUUGAAACAUCAUAAAUUCAGCAGUUAAAAUUCAAAAAAUUUCAAUUCUAUCAUUUUUCAUCCAAAAGUCAAUGCACUUUUGCAUCUAUCCCAUUUCCUUUUUUGCUGAUUUCCAGUAAUUCAUCAUUCAUGUCGUCCUCCUCUAUUUUUUUUAUCCCCCAUUCAAUUAUCAUCCAUUCCUUAUUUCACCAUUAUUAUUAUUAUUAUUAUUACAACUUUUUGUUAUUA